CCUCCUAAGUAUGAGAUGGGCAGAAAGCGGAAGUAGUUCUCGCUAGUUUCUAUGGUUAAUUUACACCAGCGGCCGGAAGUUCUGUGAAAAGACAGGAACAACAAAGAAGGGAGAUCUCCCGGGUUUUAAAGCUAUUUCAAAACGCAAUUUGAGAUCUGGUUUUACUUGUGAGGCCCAGUGUUUUCUGAGCCAGCGAUGGUGAACAAUAUUGAAAUGGAUAUCGAAAGCAAUAUGGACCAACAGGCGGCCAGUAUGGCCACUCAGCAGCCACAAGAAGCUGGGCAGCCAAGACCCAGAUCAAGAGGUAGUUCAGGAGCUGAAGGAGGAGGAGGAGGAGGAGGUGGUGGCGGCGACGGUGGCGGCGAUGGAGGAGGUGGCGUUGGAGACAGCAGGCCGGAGCAGAACGGACAGCCUCCCGCUACUCGUGCUCCACGCGUGGUGGAGACGGAGGAGGACGACGAGGAUGAGGAGAUGACCAUGAAAUAUGGAGCCAAACACGUCAUCAUGCUCUUCGUCCCCGUCACCCUCUGCAUGGUGGUCGUAGUGGCAACAAUCAAGUCUGUCAGUUUCUACACCCAGAAUGAUGGACAGAGACUCAUCUACACACCGUUCCCUGAAGACACAGACACAGUGGCUCGGAGAGCUCUGCACUCUGUCCUCAACGCCACCAUCAUGAUCACUGUGAUCAUCGUCAUGACUGUGGUGCUGGUGCUCCUAUACAAAUACCGCUGCUACAAGGUGAUCCAAGGCUGGCUCUUUCUCUCCUCGCUGCUCCUGCUCUUCUUCUUCUCCUACAUCUACCUCAAAGAGGUUUUCAAGACCUACAACGUGGCCAUGGACUACUUCACGCUGGCGUUAGUCAUCUGGAACUUUGGAGUGGUGGGCAUGAUGUGUAUUCACUGGAAAGGUCCUCUGCGGCUCCAGCAGGCCUACCUCAUCAUGAUCAGUGCCCUGAUGGCCCUGGUUUUCAUCAAGUACCUGCCAGAGUGGACUGCCUGGCUUAUAUUAGCUGUCAUAUCAGUCUAUGAUCUGUUGGCAGUGCUCUGUCCUAAGGGACCUCUGAGGAUCCUGGUGGAGACGGCUCAGGAGAGGAACGAACCUAUUUUCCCAGCUCUCAUCUACUCCUCAACAAUGGUUUGGCUCGUCAACAUGGCUGACACCGACAGGCCAAACAGGAACUCCACAGAAGCAGCUCCACCUCAACAAGCCGUGACGUCUCCUGCCCCCUCCAGUCCGUCUCAGGAUGACGGGGGCUUCACCCCCAACUGGGUCACUCAGCAGGAGCAUCAGUUGGGAACGCUGCAGUCCACUGAUGAGAGCAGGAGAGAGGUCCAAGAAAUGCCUUCUGCUCGUCCUCCAGUGGAUGAUGACGACGAGGAGAGGGGCGUCAAGCUGGGCCUGGGAGACUUCAUCUUCUACAGCAUGUUGGUGGGAAAGGCCUCGGCCGCCGCCAGCGGGGACUGGAACACCACACUGGCCUGCUUUGUGGCCAUCCUCAUUGGCCUGUGUCUCACCCUCCUCCUCCUGGCCAUCUUCAAAAAAGCUCUCCCCGCCCUUCCAAUCUCCAUCUUUUUCGGCCUGGUCUUUUACUUCGCCACAGAUAACUUGGUACGGCCCUUCAUGGACAAGCUGGCGCUGCACCAGUUCUACAUUUAGCAGGACGCUGGCUCUGAUGACCCUCACUUUCACGGCCCUACGGCCGAGGACCCCAGAGCAGAUUCUUCACAGCUGGGGAACUAAGGAUGAUGCAGGGGCAUAUCACGUCCUGCAUCCUCUACUCAGAACUUAAAAAGCUGAUGAGACACACGUUGUUUUUGUUCUGCCUUUCUUUUAGGCACCAAAAGCUGUUCCUCCAAACUUUAAUUAUUCUUUUUAACCUAAAAGUGACAUUCCUGGCUCCACCUGUGACCUCAUCUUCAAAUUACUAUCACUGGUCUCAGGCAACAUUUAAGUUAGAGAUAAUAUUUUACUUUAAUUCAUCCAGGGAAGCUUUUUCAACAGAAACCCUGCAUCACCUUAAUAUCUGUAUGACUACAGUCUUAGUCACUUAACAGCAGGUGCCUUGCUCAUGGACACCUCAGCGGUAGCUGUUGGGCGAGGGGGGACGGAUUGAUUGAAUCUCCCUGCAAAGACUUGAAAAAAGUCAUACAAAUCAAACCUGUUUUCAUACGUUGUCGACCGCCAUCAUCCCUGAACGUCAAUACAGAAUGUAAAUGUCGUGGACAGCCAGCAAUGUUGUCAUAGACUGGUUGUGUAGUUUGACUACCUGGUCAUAACGUGCUUUUCUUUUACCACUGUAAAGAAUAGUUGAGACAAACAAACAAAGCUCUGAUGUGAGACAGUGUGAUUCAACACAUAUUUCAUGUGAGGAAAAUGUAAAUCAAGAAUUUGUGACUGAUUCCAUUGUGUUUUCUGACCUAAAUGUAACUGAAUUCACUUCACCUGCAGGGGGAGUAAAAGUCAUACACAUGCAUACCUGCCAUGUUUGACCUGGGUGGUGCGUCUGGUGUCUGUAGAAUUGAGCUUACUGUCCAGAACAGAGGAAGCGAUUUUAUGCAAUAUGUUGUUGCCUCUAUAGGUGGAGAAGAUGGAGCUGAUUGUGGUUUAAAAGGAAUUCUUGCUUGCCUUUAUUUCAGGAAGAACACAGUACUAGCAGAGAUCCUUAAGAAAAUAAGACUUCUCUUACUUAAUUAGUGACUGUUAUGAUGUUGAUUGCUAGUUUAAGGUUGUCUUUAACAGAACAAAGUGUUCAUUUUGCAGAUCAUAAUCUCAUUUAGUGGAAAACAGAUGACAAAGCAUUACAGGACUCUAAAAUUUGAUCCUUUUUGACCAGUUUACCUGUAACUGUUCAGCAAAAUGUGACAUCAUGUCACUGCUAAGGACUUUGAAACAGAUGUUUAAGAUCUUAAAGUUCUCAAAGAAAAUUAUUAUUGAAUGAGGAGUUGACUUUUCUUCUGCAGACCAGCUUCAAGUCUGUUUUGUCUCUAAAGCUGAGGACACACUAUGAGAAUUUUGUUCCCCUAUUUUACGUUCCAUUUCCAGUUUCCAGGUUAAAUUCUGCACCAGUUGGGGUCAGUCCCAAUUGCAUUGGCACAAAACUCCUUACCAUGAUCAGGUCACAUGAACUGAUUUCCGACUGGAAAACCUGUGUUGCCAUCAGCCAAUAGAAAAAGGAAUGUAGCAGACAGAAAUAAGGAAAUAGAAUCGGAACAAUUAUUGCAGACAGAUCAGGAGCAGGAGUGACUACAUGUUGAUAACAGUGCUGUCCUUGAGUCAGUGUAGUGUGUCUCUAGCUUUACAGAAGAAAAAGAUUUGGUGAGAGCAGCAGUGCGCUUGAGUCAUCUGAACGAAAGUGAAGGUGAACGAAAUCAGCAGCUAAGCAUUCAGCUUAAAGUGAAUUUGAAAAAACAUGGUACGUGCAGUGCACUGGUGCCAGUGAAGAGCAUUUGUCCAUUUGUUCUUUGUUGUCAUUGUCGUCUUUGACCAAAACCAUUCAUGCAACCAAAAGUCUGGAGACUACAAUUUAUUUGCCUCAUUAAACCAGUGUAGUCUGUUCUUACAGUCUGCAUUGAAUUACAAUGCUGGGCUCCAUCUUCACUUUUAGGAAAAGAUCCAGGUUGAACUGCCAGGAAGAGGCAGAUCACAAAAUUGAUGUUGCAGACAUGGCAAGCAAGAGCCGGCUCUUAAUACUACGCUGUCAGCCACUCAGCAGUUCUGCUGAAGAAGCAGGAGGUUUCCGUGCCUUGCACAAGGGCAUCACUUUAAUACUACUAGUAGUUGUUGUUGUUGUUAUUGUGAGACAGAAACUUGCAUUUUGUUUUCCACCUAGACUGAUGUUGUCUUACCAGGGAAUGUAACCUGUGAUUGGUCUCAAACUCUCAACCUUUAGGCAACAGCCGCCAUCAUGACGCUCGCCUGGUGCUGUCUUAAACUAUGCUUCACUUUAGACGCUGACACCGUUUCCUCUUUACACGCAGACUCUGGAGGGUUUUUCCAAGAUAUGCAGACAUGAUAUUUUGUACCUUUUUUUUUUUGUUUUUCUUUUUUUCAAACAUGGCAGACAUGUUUGCAGUUUUUAAGGCAUUACUAAGAUCUAUGUUUAUGUGACUGCAAAUUGUUGAAUGUUGAAAAAGAACAGGUCCUGCUAAAUGAGUGAACAGUGGAUGUAGUUAAAUUUGUACUUGAAGUGUGUGGACAAUUGUCUCCAGUCAAGAACAUUACCAUUUCCACUUAUCUACUUCAGUCCAGUUUAAACACCACACCACUUCUGAGAUGUGAAUGUAGCUGAACCUAAACUCAGCAGCUUCUUAUACCUGAGAAACUUCUGAUGAGCUUCACUGGUGGCUCUUCAAACGUUGCACUCGAUUUUUACGCAUAUUCCCAGAAAAGAGCGAAACCAACAGGAACAAUAUUAUAGAAUUGUUCGAGGACAGUUUUCCCUUGUUUUGGGAAAACAAAGUAUGUUGUGUGACUGACUUUCUCCCCUGUCUUCACAUGUGUUAUGCAAGGUUAUUCAAUUUUGGUUUUGUUCUUUUUUU